AUGAGCGCCGAGUCUCCAAAUAUCCCCGCUGCGACCCCAGACAAGCCCGCCGACUACUCCACAUUCACCGCCAUAGCACCGGCUACCGCCGACUCGCCCACCGCCACAGUAUCGGGCAAGACCGUGCACACACGUAGCAUUUCCAGCACUCCGACAUCCAGAACGCCCUCAGAAUCGGGCAGCGACGAGGAGCAGCCGGCACAGACGUGGACGGCGGCGGAGCUGCUGGAGGUGCGGGCGCGCGAGCGCACCUUUGACGGGGCGUACUGGCGCACGUCUAUCGGGCUGUUCGGGGCUGCGCUGGUGGUGUUGCGGGUGUUUGGGCUGUCGUUUUUCCCGGUGGGCAUGGUGUUUCUGGUGCUGGGGCUCGGGUUCCUGGGCAUCGGGCUGUACCGCCGCCGGAGGUUGAUUUCCAAGGAUACGCAUGCGCAAGCGCCGUACUUUGUAACCAGCGGGGGCACCGUGCUGCUGUCGGGGGUCAUGUGUCUGUCAGCGUACACGGUGCUGCUGGUGCUGCUGCUGAGGAUGUAG